AUGGAAAUUCUGUUAUACCUCUUUGAACUCACGUUAUCGAUAACAUGUUUUGCAAGUUGGACUGAUGGAGCGAAUCCUUGUCCUGCACCAUGGAUCCACUUCCAUACCUCGUGUUAUGUAUUUGCCACCGGUUAUCCUGAGGAUUGGACGGAAGCCGGGUCUUUUUGUAAUCGAAUGGGUGCGAAGCUAGCAGAAAUUGAGACUGCAGAAGAAAACAACUUUCUACGAUUGCAUGCCAUUGACAAUUACCAGCAAACUGGAGGAAGCUUUUGGAUUGGGGGCACAGAUGUUUUAAUUGAUGGCCAAUGGAUCUGGAUAACUACACAAAAAAGAAUGAGCUACACAGAUUGGAACCCGGGUGAACCCAACGGGGCACUGCGUGAAAGUUGCUUAAUGUUACAUAAUGGAAAAUCUAACUUUCAUUGGAACGAUCAACCUUGCGAUUCGAAGCUAUUUUUCAUUUGUGAAAAAGAGCUGCCGAAUGAUGGAGAUCCAAGCACAAUCAUUGGUUGAAGUCAUGUAUCAAUGAAUAUUCUUUUUCAAAUGAGAC